CGUACCUUCACACAACAUCAUGCCAUACAAAGACCUCGACUACGAGGAACUCACCAAGACCUUGACUGAUAAUUUUAAUAUUCUGGCAGAUGAAGUUCAGCUCCUUAGUGAUCGGAAGACUAUAUUGGAGCACAAACUCCGUUUUGCUCAUGAACAGUAUCAGUGUUUAGCGGACAAGUAUGCUCCGGCCGAUCCGGAGAUAUCAAAGACGUUGGCACAAUUGCAACUCCCUCCGGAUCUUCAGGUCUCGGCUCCCGAUCGUCUCGGAUCAGUCCCACUGCCCACGGCAGGCUGGACAAGGUCAAAACAGCAAACAGCUGUCGCUAUAAGGGACGGACGGCGUGCAGCACAACAGCUUGCGGCUUUAGGGGCUAGAUCCGCUGGAUCCACGGUGAGUGGAAGAAGUAUAUCCGGCACGAGUAGUAACAUGAGAUUAUCUGCCCGACGAACCUCUCUCUCGACAGUUCUUGAGCAGGACUUCACAGUACCAGGGAAGAAGAGCUCUUUAUCGUGUCCAUAUGCCAUUCAAGCCAAAGGUCAAAAUCCUACAAUGGAUUCCGCAAAUUCCCAGGGUGCUAGCACCCUCGAGUCUAACCGGCCUUUGACUCCAUUAGACGCGAAAGACCCCACCCCGCAUCACUCGGCGGAUCCAAUAUGUGCAGCUAUGUAUGCUGAGACAAUGUGCUCUGCACCUCCGUCAGCUACAGGGUCUGCAGCGAAAUGUCCAAUCCGAUAUCUAGACCAGCACUCUCCGGAAGAGGUUGCAAGGUACUUUGAAACCCACAAGCACGAAAUUCCACGAAGUCAUGAAAUUUGCGUAAAACGUUACCAGAGAAAUGAGGAAGAUAUCAAGAAGCUAGAUGCGAAGUAUGGAAGCCUUGUGAGCAUGAUACAAGGGCUGGGUCAGAAACACCAACCUAUGUUGCCGACGAAAGAGGAAGAAGAAGCUCUAGAAGCCGAACAAAUCUCAAACGAAAGAGUUGAAAAUUGGGCAAAGGCUGUCAGUACUGGUGAUGUCGAGAACGAAGAGGUCCCCCCUCCUGAGGACGAUGAGGACAGAGAAGGCCACUUUGAUAGACCGUUGAAAGAAGUUCGAGUAGGGGAAUCUCCGAGCCGGCCUUGGGGUAUUUCGGUGCCUAUAUAUGAGGAACCUUUGGGGCAGAGACCCACCUCUCCUCCACCUGCACCUGUUUCAGCUGAGCACUCUCCCAGACCAGGAAAGUGUCCUUUUGGACAUGGCCCCAAAACGGAGACCAAGGAAUCCCUUCAAGCGGAACCUUUACCGGGGACGGCAAGGCCUACAGGCAAGUGUCCAUUCCCACAUGAGCAAAUGACGAAGGAGCAAACUCCUAUACAAGAUGACAGCCCAAAAACCCAACCACCGCCCUUCCAAUCAACGCCGGCCUUCAUUCAGCCUCCUGGGGUUUCCAAGAUGUCAAAUGGUAGUGGGCCGCAGAUGAUCUUUACAGGACCCGUCUUCAUAGGGUACCCGGUUGAUCAGGCUAUGGCAUUGAUGCAACAGUGGAAAAAUACAUAAUUAAUGAUUGAGAUGAUGUACGAGUUGACGAUUGCAGUUCUUAAGCGGUGGCGUUGGGAAUCAGGAGCGAGGAAUUGAAAUUUGAACCAUGUCUUGUAGGAUUGAUGAAUUAUAAUCAAUCGAACUUAGAAUUCUCAUACUCUUUUGUAUCGUAAUCCUGAUGUCUAUAGCGUUUGAUCUAUCAGAAACACCAGAACGCCUACCCAGCAUGUCAUGCCCGUAUUGACCAAAAACACCUGCAACUCCUAUGCCCGCGGUUUUCUCUCUACCUUAUUUCUUGUCUCCUUUAUUCUUAUCCCCAUCCCCCCUAGCAAAGACAUCCUCGUCACUCCCAUCCGUAAACUCAUCUCUAUACAUAUUCCCCGCGCUGUCCCACAGACUGAUAUCAUCAUCGUCCAUCAAC